UGCACUUUUUCGACUAGCACUGUCAUUUCUUCAGACAGAACGUAGUUACCCCCCCCCCCUUCUUUAUAGAGAAAGGAGAAUUCGGGCCAAUGUCACCAGACCUACAGACGACAUUAUAACGUGCAAUCCACGACUGUCCGUUACCUUGUUCUUGGAGGUAUAAGAGGGUAGUACAUCGCCAUGGAAGACGUCUUGAGCAGACUGGACCGACUGACGGACAGACUAGAAGAAAUGGCAGACAGAUUCGUGUCUGCUGAGGGAGAGUUAUACGGCGUUACACGACGAGCGGCUGAGGCUUGUAACAGGGACAGACGUCGCCGAGCCAAGAGUUCCUCCCAGAUCACGUAUCUGUGGGAACAGCACAGACAGCACGAACAGCAGCUGUCCCUGGCAAAGGAGGUCAGCAGGCUGCAGGCACAGCUCGACCUUCACAAGAGGAUGCAGGCCAGGCAUCUUCGACCCCCAGAUCCGGCCUAUGCCAUCAAACUGGAGCACGAACGCAACAAUCUGCAGCUGAGUCGUGCGCAUGCGCUCUCCAGAUUAGCCGCGAGCAACAGAGUUCGCCAGAAACUUCGGGAGAGACAAGAAUCGCGCCACAAAAUAAAUUCUCAACCAUAACCUCCAGAAACAAGAACUUGGGACUUCCAAGAAGUGUACAAUUCUUGCUUCCCUGAAUUUGUUUGUGUGGACCUGCCUUCCUGCAGGAUUCUGGGACCGCUGACCUCCUGUCUUUCAAUCUUCACCCACCCAGGUGCUUUCAACCUAACUUGUCCGGACAAUAAUCCCAGAAUCCCACAUCCCAUGCCGUGAAAACUAUGUAAAGCUUUUUU